UCCACUCGGACCCGCUCAUCGAGUCUCUCCCCCUCUCUAAUAUAAGUCGAGCAAUGGAUGAUGAUGAAGUAGUGAUUAUCGGGGCGGGUAUUUGUGGGUUAGCAACAGCCCUUGCUCUUCACAGGAAGGGAAUAAAAAGUGUAGUAAUGGAGAGAUCUGAAAGUCUGAGGAACGUAACCGGAGCAGCAAUAGGAAUCCAGCCGAACGGGUGGCGAGCUCUGGAUCAACUUGGCGUAAGUGAAAACCUCCGCCACACUGCUGUCCGUCUUCGGAGGUUUAGGACACUAGACAUAUCUCUUGGUGGAGGGAAACAAAAAGAAAUAUCAUUGUAAGUUGAUGUGAAAAUAAAAUACUCUCUCUAUUUCAUAAAUUGUAAUAAAAUACUCUAUUGUAUUCAUUAUGUGGGUAAGUACUCUU